CUCUCUGUUUUUUUUUUUUCUUUUUUUUUUUUAAGAGAGAGAGAGACUGCCUCUACAUAGUACCUAUAUAUUUACCACCUAGUAUCCAAUUUUCCCGUCCUUUUCCCGGAAAACAUUUCCAUGGCGAAUUGGUCCCAACUUCCCGUAGAACUCCUGGAGGAAAUCGCCAAACGCCUUGAGAGCUCAAUCUAUCUGCUCCGCUUCCGAUCCGUCUGCUCUUCAUGGCGAUCCUCCGUCUCUCCCAGGCCUCGCUGUCUACCUGGCCGCUUCCCCUUCCUCCCGAACGACGGAAUCUCCGACGCCACCUGGGGUUUCCACCUCUCCAAACGCACCGUCUUCCUCCUCGGGCCUCCCCCAAAUCACGACCCUUCGAAUCGCGAUCUCUGGCUGGUCAAGGUCGAAGACGACGUCCCCGCCAGAAUGCACCUCCUCAACCCUCUCUCCAGGUUCCAAAUCAAGCCCCUUCCGGAGGAUUUCCCGAAGGUACUGGAUUCGUCCAGAUUUAGGGUUUUUGAAUUAGGGCAGGAAUACGUUCUUCAUUAUAUGCAUUUUAGGCCUUUUGGCAAUUCGUUAGGCGAUGCUGGUAAUCUGUACAUGGAAAAGGUCGUUUUCAAGUUUUCGGAUUCCGAAACGAGCAGUUUCGCUUUGCUCACGAUUCACGUCUCAGGGAAACUGGCCAUGUACAAGUCUGGGGAUAAGCGGUGGAGUAUAAUCCACGACAUGCCUUCUCCGUACGAUGAUGUAAUACUGUUCAAAGGCGAUUUCUUUGCCGUUGAUAGUACGGGCCGUGCGGUGCUUGUUGGGUUGUCGUCGAAUGUGGCUUUGGUUGCGAAUCCGGUGUUUGGUGGGGACAAGAAGUUUUUGGUGGAAUCAAGUGGUGAGCUUUUGAUGGUUGAUAUGUACUUGAGCAUGGGUCCUCCGGAAGUGGAUUUGGGCGAUGAAAAUGAAGAUAUUUUUGAGCAGUUUGAUGGAUGUUUGGGAGAGAGAACAGUGAGGUUCAAAGUUUUUAAGCUUGAUAGAGAGGGAAAGAAGUGGGUUGAGGUGAAGAGCUUGGAUGAUCGGAUGUUGUUUUUGGGAGAUGAUUGCACGUUCUCUGCCUCUGCUUCCGAUUUGUCUUGUUGCAGGAAUUGUAUAUUUUUCACGGAUAAUUUCUUCUAUUCCGGUGGUGAAGAAGAUGGUGUUUUUAAGGGUCGUGAUAUAGGUGUAUAUGACAUGGAAAAUGGUAGUAUUGCGGCUUUGACUGAUUAUCCGGAGUAUUCAAAGUUGUUCUGGCCUCCCCCAGACUGGAUUUUGUUGCCCACAUCAGGAGCAAUGUCAAGUGACUUAGUAGAGGCAACCCAGGUGCAAGCUCAAUUUGAAGAACUGGCCUUGUGAUUUCUGUGAAGUGGAAGUUGCUGUCCAGGUGUUUUGGCCGCCCAAAUGGUAAAUCAAUAGUCUAAUUGCCAGUCAAUUGAUUCGCAAAUUAAGGCCUUGACGUCUUUUCAGCCUAAGUAAUGUUUCAUCAGAGCCUUCCCAAGCGCCCAAAAGAAUGAAAUUUUGGCAUAAAUUAAGCGCUGACGUUCUAGUUCCCUUCUUCUUCUUCUUCUUUGUACAGCAAUCUUUUUAUAUGUUCUCUCUAGUAAACAAAUUUCACAUUUUUUUUAUGUACUUUAUUGCUUGUACAUAAAUAAAUAUUUUAAUUAUAAAUC